CUGAUUGAGUGGGAGAGUUUGGUAUCCGCGACAGUACCUCAGAGCUGGACCGAUGUUUCCCCGCAAGUUCGCGAGUCCCCUCCUCGCGUAACGUGUUAUGCUUCUCACGAUGGCACACAUGGUGCCUGUGUGAACAUCUCAAUAAACACAGCAAAGAUCCAAUGCGCUACUGCGGCAAUUGGACCGCUAUCGCGCCCUUUUGAUUUCACGAAACUCUCGCCAUGUGCGUGUGAAGCUGUGCUACUGACGUCAUCGUCUCCGCGCUGCGCCAGUUCAGUUUGCUAAACCUCAAACUCCAAACCAGAGGCGCUCUUCCUGUUUAUCGGAGUGGCCUUCGCAAAGGCUACAAUUGACUGUUCGCUUCCUGACAUCCAUUUGUUUCGCGUACUCGGUUACGCGACGAUGGCUCUCUUAUUGCUUGCCGGUUGUUGGCACUGCCGCGAAGAUGCUCAUGAUGCCCUCAGCGCUAGAGAGCAUCUCGUGCCUCUACCGAAUACUUCACAACAGCUUGAGCAGUUGAUCGCCUGAGCAAGUGUUCGGCGCCUCAAGAAUGUGCAAUCUUCAAACGAGCAAACACAAGAGGUACGGGUGACUGCCGUUUGCUUUGGUCCGCCCGCAUUGCUUCUGCGUUUGCACUCGCACACUUACUUUGGCAAUAGUGUUUGUUCCAUGAGCCUUCAAAACCUUCGCUCUUGUCUCGCCGCGUGUGAAGCAUAGAGCAUCCGCUGAUAGAUCUCCGCGCUUCUAACCGACGUUACCUCGUGCUCAGCCCUUCGAAGCGACGAAAGAUUACGGCGAAAACUCGACGUCGGCCCUUCAGCGAUGCCUAAAUCUCAAGCGAAGAAGAAGUCUCCUGCGAAUGGCCUUGAUGCCUCGAAGUCAAACGCAAAGGCAGGAACACCAGCUCCGUACGAGUUCAGCGGGCGUGACACGAUCAACAUCAGCUCGUUCGACCUUGCGCAAGUUCAGGAAUCGCUGGAGCACUCCGAUGCGCCUUCAUUGCAACCACAGCUCAAGUCGCCCAGACAAUGCCCUCGUGAAUUGAACCACCCCAUGCACUGGCAGCUUUCACAGCAUGAAUUCUUGAUCGCGCGCCACAAGGCUUUGCGGUCAUCAGUGCCUUCUCAUCCGCCCACGUUACCUGCCCACGAACCAGCGUCGAAAACUCCCGAAACCCUUUCGCUCGAUGAAUCAACCAGCGAUUCAUGCUCCUCGUCGCCCGGCGAAAGCUCGACGACCUCUACAAAACCUCCACUCCCAGAAGUCCGCGUAUCUCCUCCUGAAGAGCUGAACGAAACCCUCCGUCAAGCGCCCCCUCCGAUCGAAGACCCCGCCUACCCCUGGGCGGAAGAAGAACUUCAAGUUCUACUGGAGAUGCGAAAUGAACAACGUCGCUUGCACAAAGAAACCCUCGAUGCGAUGGGGCGAAUGGCCUACUGGUCCUUCAGAGCGCAACGUGCUGCGAAUCGAGUCGAGAAGACAAUGUGUGAACUUAGGAGCUACAUGGAUGAGGUUCUGGCUGAGCAAGAGGAUGCUCAAGACCAUGAGGAGAACGGGUACACUAUCUUGCCUCUAUCUUUAACGAAGUGAAUUCGCUGAAAGAUGGAUCAUGGCAAUGAGGGUUUGGCCCAGAGUCAUGGCAGGCUUUGCUACAUAAGUAGAUCAGUAUAAUCACGAUUAAUCGUAAUUUAUUCCCCGUGCCACUGG